GAAGUCACCAGAUGGCUGGUCUGUCGGAAAAUUUCUCAACACAGCAAUAUUUUUCAAGAUACUGUUAUGCGACUUUGCGUGAAUUUCGGUUGGAUCCAUUGUUAAAAUGCAAACUAAGAACUCAAGAAACACACAAGCAAGAUCUGAUUAUGUUGGAAAACACGGGCCAACCUUACAGAGGCGUAAAGGCAGAUUCUAUUUUUAACAGUUUUAGCAGGUUCAAAUUAUUCGAUUACGGAAUGCCACCCUGUUUAGCUCAUGAUCUAUUUUUGGGGUGUUUCAAUUAUGAUAUUAUGCUCAUUUUUCGACAAAUGAUUAACGCUAAAUUUGUCACUGAAAAAUACCUCAAUUAUCACUGUAACUUUAUUUUGAAAAAACUCAACACCCGCUCUAAGAUCACAUUAAAUAUUAAAAAGAACAGCAUCACUAGCAAGGCGGUUGACGUGUGGCACAUCAUUCAGAUAACUCCUUUUAUAUUCUUAAAAACUCCUGAGUUGUAUUCUGAUGAUUCUUAUAAACUGCUGUUGAUGAUGAAGCGAAUCACAGAUUUCGUAACAGCUCCUUUAAUAUCGAUGAGACAAAUUGGAAUAUUAAGGCAAAUUAUUCAUGAAUAUUUAGAUUUUCGAAAAAUGCAAUUCAAUCAUCCUUUACGGCCAAAGCACCAUUACAUGUGCCACUAUCCACAAUGGAUUCUACAGUUUGGUCCGCUGCUUCCUUUCAGUACCCUUACAGGAGAGAGGAAACAUUCCUAUUUUAAAACUGCGCUGCGUCAUGCGAAUAAUUACAAAAAUAUAUUGAAGCUUUGCACUGAACGCCAUCAAUAUUGGCAAGCGCUUCUGAACUCAAAUGAAGAGAGGUUGAAGAGUUUAAUAUUUGAAGAUGUUGGAUGCCCAUUCGAUGGUCUGGAAAAAGAGGAAAAAAGAUUCCUCAUGGGCCAAGGCUUUAACGAUAAUUUUUACUCCUACUACAAAAGUAUGAAAUACCUGGGAACUUCGAUGACUUCAAGGCUAAUUAAAAUAUGCAAUAGCUUGCGGAAGAAAUGGAUGGUCAUGUGUGAGCCCAAGAUAGCUAGUAUAAAAGAAAAAGGUCGCCAGUAUAUUUCAACUGGAAUUGAGAACAUUGUACUUGAAUUAGAUGGAACCAUUAUUGAAGAAGAUGAGGUCUUCGAAGCGUGUGUAUCUGAAGGGUAUACAUUUAUGCUACUAAGUGGUGCUCAAAUAUGGAUGCCGGCAAAUGUACUGCUUAAUAUAUCAAAUAUUACAACUACUCAAAAUGACUUUAUUGAGGGAUCAGAUGCUGAAAAUUCUUUUUCAAUAAAAGAAACGGACAAUGGCUUGUAUUCGGAGCUGUUUGGGUCAGAAAAUAUAACAGAAGCAUCAAUCACCAAUUCACCUAGUAUUUCAACGGAUCACAAAUUUGCAACGUUCGACGUAGAUUAUAAAUCAAUUCCUCAAGAAAUAAUCGAUCAAUUGAAAGAUAACUCUUCUUCGAGAAGAAGAAAUCUGUCAAAUACCAAUUAUAAUAGAUUUGUGGACCACAUAAUCGGCCAAAUGAGGUCAAUAAAUCCCAAAAUUCCAUUUAAAUUCAUUAGACAAACAGCAAUUAAAAUAACCACCAAAUUCCCAACACUACUGGACGUUGAUGAUGAAAAUCUUAUAAUUGGUGACGGAAGUGGCAGUCUGGCCGAGAAAUUGAAAAGCACGCGACAUACCUUAGGCGACCGCAAAGUUCUGAUCAGCAUGUGUUGAAACCUUUACUCAAUGGUGAUAAGGAUCGUCAAUGCAUUGUUGGCGUUGACAAAAAUUACUACAUGAGUGGGCAAUCAGACUGUCACCCUGAGUAUUUGGAGGCCAUGUCUCGAAACGAACGAAUGACUCAAGCAGUUAUUGAGGCAACGGCAGGGUUCAUUCGAUUUAAAGUCGACAAUUUGAAUAUAAAAGAUCUUCUGAAUGAAUUUCCUGUAGUCAGACAAAAACUAUUGCUCGAUCAUCAUUUUCAAAAAUCUACAGGAGUUAGUUCCGGAACUUUUGAAAAAAAUUUCAACAUCAACAAACAACGAAUAGUUCAAACAUCAAAAACAUAUCGAUCACGAUCGUUACAUAUCAAGACUACUGCAAAUGACAGUGAAAUAUUCGGUGGGUUAGCCAAACUUUUGAAGGAAGACAUCAAAGACAUUUUAUUUGAUUUCCCGGUAAACAUUUUUUCAUACAUUCAUU